AAAAAUAAAUCCUUAUUUAAAUAUGGCAGAGGAAUAAAUUGUCACUGUGAAAUUUGCCAAUUAACCAAAACUUUUUGGAAAAUGGGAUUAUGAUGAAGUCUAAGUAACAGACUAAUGUUUCAAAGAUUAUAUAGCAGUUUAAACAUCAAAAUCGAGAGUAUUUGUUCCUCAUACAGCUGGAAGGUUUUAAAUAGUGUGAAUAUAUAGAUAUUAACGUAAGAAGUUUAGAAAAGCUUAAUGUCCAAUAGUUGAAAGAUUGGCAGGUGCAUUAAUGUUUCAUGGUCGUAAUACUGGUAAAAAAGUGAAAGCUGUAGCAAUAAUUAGACAUGCAUUUGAAAUAGUUCAUUUACUUACAGGGAAGAAUCCUCUUUAAGUUUUAAGUUUGGCAGUUUAGAGAGGUGGAGCAAGAGAAGAUUUUACUAAAGUUGGUACAGGAGGUGUUGCUAAAUAAUAAGCUGUUGAUGUAGCACCUAUUAGAAGAGUUAAUGAAGUACUUAGAUAUAAUAUUUAAGGCUGUUCAUAAUUUAGCAAAAGGAGUUAGAGAGUCUGUGUUUAAAAAGAUGAAGACUAUUUCAGAAGCACUUGCUGAUGAACUUAUUGCAGCAGCUAAUGAAGAUGGAUAAAAAUCAUAUACAAUUAAAAAAAGAGAUGAACUUGAAAAAGUAGCAAAAACAAAUCGUUGAUUUAUUUAGUAUAAUAUAUAUGUAUAUUUAAAUAUAC